UUAGUUGAAAUUUUGCUUUCGUUUUCGACUGAUUGUAACGCGCUCACGGGUGUUAGUAUUUUGUAUCUGUCGCGCGACGGCCACAAAGUGUUUGCUCUCACUACCGUGUGUUGUGUAUUUUCAGUCCAAACAUUCACGAAUCAUGUUCAUUUCAUGACAUGUUCUCGUUGCUCUCUACAACUCGAUUUCUUCCUUCUCAAAGACCCAACACUUCGACAAAACCGAAAAACGUGCGCUAAUUCCCAAAUAUUCGAACACAAUAAUUUUUUUAACCAAGUGAACAGACCAGAAAAUUCAAAUAUAUAAUCAUCAAAGUGUUAUUCGUAUAAUUUUUUUUUGUUUCACUGUCAAUCAAUCGAUUUAGAUUUUUAUCAUUUACGGAAAUACUUAAGAAUUUUAAAAUCGAUAAGUGCAGUAUUUCUCUGAUUUAUCGCAAACCAUUGCAAAAACUCAGUUGUGCAUGUGUGUAAUACUGAUUACGGUAUUUGUUUUGACGUUAAAUAACUGUAAAUAUCGUUACGUUAUCGGUAUUAAGGAUAUCACCAUUAUAUUACACGCGAUCAUCUAAAAUAUUGUGCGAUUUGAUACGUCAUACGUUUGAUAGUGUGUGUAUGUUCCCUUUGUCAUUCUCUUUCAAUUGAAAUCGAACGGACCAAGAAGACGAAAAUAGUACAAAUUUGUGUGUUUUGAUGAGGAAAAUUAGUUCAGUGCAUACAUGUGCAAACGGAAACUAGCCACCUUUUAAAUCAUCAUUCACAACAAUUUACGGUCAACACUCAGUCAUUAGAUCGAGACGCACAUGGUUUUUUUUUCGCUAACACAAUGGCUCAUGAUAUCUUCAUUGUACGAAUGUGUGCAAAAUAUUAAUAAGAAGAAUAAAAGAAGAAAUCGAUUUUUGAUGUUUUCACAAAUGUGCUGAAAUUGUAGCCUGAAAUGAUCGAGAAUAAAUUUGAGAAAAACUGAUGACGGCCUUCAAGUUAGCUAGUUAAAUAACAAUAGAGCGCGACGAUAUCGUUGUUGUUUUUCUUUCGAUUCUCGCAUUUUGCUUUUCUCAACAAAAAAUAAUUUGCUGCUGCUGUAUAAAAAAACGAAAUCUUGAAUGUGAUUAUUUGAAGAUAAAAGAUUUUUUUUAACAAAAAUAAAACAAACUAACUUAAAAUGCUUAAAGAACUCCCGUCAACUGAUAGUUCAUCACCAACAGCCGAUCAUUGCUGUGGUGGUUGUGGUCGUUCCAUUCGAGAUCGAUUUUACCUCCUGGCUGCUGAUCGAUCGUGGCAUGGUUCGUGUUUGCGAUGCUUUCGUUGUUCUCAACCGCUUGAUUCUGAGCUCAGUUGUUUUGCCCGCGAGGGAAAUAUUUACUGCAAAGAAGAUUAUUAUCGAUUGUUUUCAUCACGACGAUGUGCUCGAUGUGGUACCGGGCUCAGUUCAUCAGAAUUGGUAAUGCGUGCACGAGAUUUGGUGUUUCAUGUUGGCUGUUUUUGCUGCAUACUUUGUGGCAUUCAUUUGAGUGCCGGCGAUACAGCAGCUGUACGAGAAGGACGCGUAUUUUGCAGUGAACAUUAUGAUGCUGAUGUUUUGAGCGAGUCGAAUUCACUAUCGCCACCAUUUUUUACGGGUACCACCAAUGGUACUGCACAAAAGGGUCGACCACGAAAACGCAAACUAAUGAUAAAUCACCAUCAAAAUGAUCCUCUUAAUUUAGGAACGGCAAUGCAAAUGGAUUUGAUGCACACGGAUUUACAGACAACGUCAUUGGAUCUGAACUAUGACGGUAGUCAAUCGCCUGGCUCUGGCGGUAGUUUAACGCAACAAGCGCGCAAUAAACGGAUGCGAACCUCAUUCAAACACCAUCAAUUGCGAACGAUGAAAUCGUAUUUUGCCAUUAAUCAAAAUCCGGACGCAAAGGAUCUUAAACAAUUGUCACAAAAAACGGGUCUGUCGAAACGUGUUCUCCAGGUGUGGUUCCAAAAUGCACGUGCAAAGUGGCGACGGAAUGUGAUGAGGCAUGAUGGCAACCAAACGGGCAAUCCAACGUCUGGUACACCGUUAACACCUUUGACUAUUGGCGGACCGCCAAGUGUUCAAUCGACAUCCAGUAGUAACAUUGAUACAUCCGGAAUGACACCAUCUCAUGCACUCGAAGAGAUGCACCAUUUAACAUUUUCUGAGCUUUAUUAAUCCAAUUGUGUUGCGUACAGGCGCCGUACAUUGCAUCGUCCAUUCGUCCAACAAUACAACAUUUUAUGCGACUCAAAUCGCUAAUUCCAACACAUAAAAGAAUUACAAAAAAAAACAAACUAUUCCUAUAUCAACACAACAAACAAAAGAAAAAUCUAAUACUAAAACUAUUUAAUUAUGAGUAUGUGUAAGUGUACAUUUAUAACUGUAAUUAAAAGGAAAAAAAAAACAAAAUAUGCGUAUUUUUUGCAUUAGGUAUUUAAAAGAAUAAACUAGCACAUUAAUGGCAACAAAAUGGUUAGUAUUGUGUUUAAAUUAGAGUUUUGUGUACACCACAGCGUGUUUGAAUAUUGAAAACACACACAAAGAGAUAAAGAAGAAAACAUAAACAGUAAAAAGAAAUUUACAGAAUACUACAAAUGUGAAUCCCUAAGUAAUUUAUUUAUUUUUAAGUUUUCAAAUUAUAAAAGCCAUAUGCAAACGAUAUUGACGUUGCAAUGACUUUUUUUUGGUUUGGUAUU